CGAAGUUCAUUUUAUCCAAUCUGUCCCGAGGAGCAUCAACAUCAUAAGUUAUUGUGAACAUACAAGCGACAAGUUAGACAAACAUGGAGUAAGCCCUUUUCGCCAAGUUAUACAUCGAAUUCAAGUUGUAAACCAUCAAGCGAAAACCGUGGAUUUACCGACCGCCGAGUGAUCAGUCCACUAAACCCGUUGAGAAGAGCGACGAGUGUGGCGUUUGAUGUAACGCUUGUACGGCAUUGGCUCGCAUGUCGCAAUCAUGGCACGACUGACGACUUUGUACGGCGAUAAGCCAGCAGGAUUUUGUACUAUUUUAUCUCCGAACAGAGACAUUUGGCGGUAUGUGGCGAGUUGGGAACUACGGGUCAUCGUUUGUAUAAUUUCUCUGUCGAUGUUUACGUCACAUAUAAAGGCACUCAAUGUUCCUUCAGGUAAAGAAAUUACAACCAUGGAAUCACCAGCUACGGGUUCUGACGAGAAGUUAUCAAGGCAACUCAAGGAUGCUGAUGGGGUAAUCUUAAAAGACGAUGAGAAGAGAACGGGUAGUAGUGACAAACCAACCAAGGAAGAGAGACAGCACGGACUACAAACAAACUCAGAGAAGGACGUGCAGGGAAAUGACAAAAGUGAUAUCUUACUUGAGAGGCGAGACAAGAAGGUGGAUGAAUUAGACAAGAAAGGGAAUUUAUCUUCGUCAGAACAAGAUGUUGGAGAUGGUAGCUUAAAGACAUGGGAGGAGCUUUGGAACGACGAGGUCAUUCCGACCGACUUGGACUCCCCUAUAGACGUGGAUGAUUACUACACGUAUGAUUACUUUGAUGGUGACACCGACGAGGAAGCAGACACUGGUCCCUCGGUUGAGAGGAGCAAGAAGGACACCUCCUCGGCACCGCAGAGCCACCCCAAGAAGCUGGACCGCCUUGCCGACAUCGUGACCGGUGCUAACGCCCCCAUGGAACUGGUCAACUUCGGCACACCCAACCCGGAUAUAGAAAUCACCAUUGAGGUGGUGAACGGUGAUGACGUCAAACAAGAUGGCGUCGUGAUAUCUAUGGAUUUAAGAGAUGAUGCGCCAUUAUCACCAGAGAGAGGCGAUACAGAUACUCUUGAAGUUAACAACAAUGGUGGACGGGGGAAAGGUAAAGGCAAAAACGAUCGACCAACUCGACCCACGAUAAGGACAGAUGUGGAGGACUCGGUCAGGGAUGAACCGGAGUGGAGUUCUUUUGAAUUUGCGCCAUUUCUGGUCGGUAUACCUGUUCCCACAGGGGACGGAUUUGAAGCAGAAAACGAGGAGAAACAAGGCACAUGGACCGGCUGGACUACCUGCUCUGCGUCGUGUGGGGGCGGUAGAUCGGAGAGGUCUCGCUCCUGUGGAUUCUCCUGUACCGCUACAGAGUCAAGGGAUUGCAACCAACAAUCAUGCCCACGUCCUGGUAAGAGUGAAGUACCCACCGAGAUAGUUACCGAAGAGCCGCCCCAGCUUACUGCCCUCAACGAGGAGUAUCUCGACAUGGUUUUAACACCAGAAAAUUUCGAUGUUGACAGCUGCGAGGAAUGGAUGGGAUGUCGGAGUGAGACUCUCCUCUCGUACUUAGCUCGGCUUCAAGACCUGCCAAACUGUCCGUGCUCCUACCCAACAAACAUCCGUCAGAAUAACGCCAUCUGGGAUCUGCAAAAGCGGCAAAUGUUUCACUGGAAGGACGCUAGCGGCGACGAGGCCAAACUCCCCGUCUAUAAACCCACGGCAGAGUACUGCAUCAUCUCCACCCUCUCCCCACCGAGUACCAGCCUUGCCUCACAGCAGUGUUGCUAUGAUGACAACCAGAAGUUGAUCACACGCGGGCCUGGCGCUGGUACCCCACAACUCAUCAGCGCCGAGAUCUCACCCGAGCUCCACUACAAAAUCGACGUCAUGCCGUGGAUCAUCUGUAAAGGGGACUGGACCAAAUAUAACAAAGUCAGGCAUCCGAAUAACAUGUGGGAAUGCAAGGAGAAUCCCAUCCAAGCCGAUUUCUACCAGCUAUUUCAAGAGGCGAAGAAUUACUGAUGACAUGACAAUAACACUGGGGU